GGAGGGGAUGGGUGGGGAGAAAAGUUAACUGGAGAAACCGGGGCUGGGAGAGAUGCGAUGAUCUUGCACCAAGUGGAUGUGCCCUGUCUGCAUGUGAAUAGUGCGUCUGGAGGAGCUCGAAGGGAUGUCUUGCAAGUGAUCCGCUCCAUCUCCGUAGAAACGCUCCCCUCCACCUGCAAACUUUCCCCUGCUCCGAGUUGGGAGGAAUGAGAAAGCAUCAGAAAAACCCAUAAAGGUGGAAGAUCUCAGCGGACAAAAACGCCUGAGCUAAACUGUUGCAUCCCGAGCCGGGGCUGCGGUGUGAGCAUUCCGCCGGUGUCUCCUGGGCUCCCAAGCCACUUGGUGGUGGGUGGCGUUGGCCGAGGCGCCCGGCAGUGUCCCUGGCACUGGGGACAGGCCGAGCAGCAUGCUGGCUGCGGCACCCGUGGCCGGCCAGCACACCCCGUGCGCCUGACCCGCCGGUGGUGCCGGGGCGGUGGCGGCCAUGGCUGCAGCCAUCGCCAGCUCCCUGAUCCGCCAGAAGAGACAAGCCAGGGAGCGGGAGAAGUCCAAUGCCUGUAAGUGUGUCAACAGCCCCAGCAAGAGCAAGGGAAGCUGCGACAAGAACAAGUUGAAUGUGUUUUCCAGGGUCAAACUCUUUGGCUCCAAGAAAAGGCGAAGAAGGCGACCAGAGCCUCAGCUUAAAGGUAUAGUAACAAAGCUAUACAGCAGGCAAGGAUACCACUUGCAGUUGCAAGCAGAUGGAACAAUUGAUGGAACAAAAGAGGAGGACAGUAGUUAUACUUUGUUUAACCUCAUACCUGUGGGUUUACGAGUGGUGGCGAUUCAGGGGGUUCAAACAAAAUUGUAUCUGGCAAUGAACAGUGAAGGAUACCUAUAUACAUCAGAACAUUUUACACCUGAAUGCAAGUUCAAAGAAUCGGUAUUUGAAAACUACUAUGUGACAUACUCUUCAAUGAUCUACAGACAGCAACAGUCCGGCCGGGGUUGGUAUUUGGGUCUUAACAAAGAAGGAGAAAUCAUGAAAGGAAACCACGUGAAGAAAAAUAAACCUGCAGCACACUUCCUUCCAAAACCAUUAAAAGUGGCCAUGUACAAAGAGCCUUCUCUCCACGAUCUCACAGAGUUCUCAAGAUCUGGAAGUGGGACCCCAACAAAGAGCAGAAGUGUUUCAGGAGUGCUAAAUGGGGGUAAAUCCAUGAGCCAAAACGAGUCAACGUAGCCAGGUUCAGGCAAGCCAAGUGCUCUCUAAACAGAACCUUACCUCUGGAUGCAGUUGAAUUCUUACUAGCAGUCUUUCAUCCAACCAUUCAAUUGCCCAGGACAAGCCACCGAACUUGCAUAGGUCACUCGUUUAUCAGCCAUUAGAUCUACUGGUUGUCAAAGGAUAUACCCCAAUAAUGUAGAAUAUGCUUGUGCAUAUCACCAGGCAGUUGGAUAGCCAACAAACAUAACUGCGGAAUAAAUCUCGGAGAAGAAAUGUCCAGCUCUUUCUCUCUGUCUCUUUUUCUCUCUCUCUUUCUCUCUCUCUCCUAUGCUUUGUGGAAUACGAAACAAAAACAUUUCACAGCGUUCACUGCUGAUAAGAAUUUGCUUUCCAACUCAGAAAAAAAAAAAAAGACCACUUUUGCUCUUCAAAGGAAAUUUUAAUGCUUGUAUGUUUUAUAGGGGCAAAGAAAAAACAAACAUGUAAACUCUGUUGUUUCCUUGGCUUACCGUUUUAUAUCUAAGGCUUGAUAAAGACAAAAAUGUAACCUUUUAAUUUGGAAUAGUGCAACUUUUUGAUUUCUGAACUCCAAUGGGUCUUUAAAGCUCUGUCUUUAAAACAACUAAUACUAAAUUCAGGGUUGGAACUGAGAGUUGGUGUCUCAGGCUCAAGCAAACAGUGUUCUUGUGGUUUUAAACACAACAAAAUAAUAUAAAUUUUUAUAGAUUUGUAGUUUCUGGUAAAGUUCUUGUGCUAACCCCAGUCUGUAGGAAUCGAGUUGUUUUGUUAUCCCAAGUGGAAGUUAACAGAAAGGGAUAAAAUGAUCCCCCAGUGUAGAUUUCUCUUAAUUCCAUUUUGUGUGUCAUGUUAAACUAUUGUCGUGGCUUCUUUUCUAAAGACAGAAACUGUGGAAUUAAGGUGACUUAAUUUUUUUAUAAGAAACGUCUUAUUUGUAAAAGUCCUUCUUUCACUGUAACGGGCACGUGAAUAUUGUGUAGGAGGAAGCGUUAGGACAGGUUACCCCUAAACAACAUAUACUUAUACAUGCUAUUGGAAACACUUGUUUAAAAAAUGUAGUUAGGUUUCCAUUUAGGUCAUCAUGUCUGUUGCAUGGGAGAAAGUUGGAAUAUUGGCAUAGAGUUGCAUGAUGUGUAAGAUUUUGUGCAUUAAUCAUCGUUGGAUUCUGUGCUCCAAAACUGACAUAGUUGUGUACAGGCAGCUUUCUGCCUCGUACGAAAGAGUUGUUUAUUAUUUGUUGUACACACAACCAUGCACUGAAUAAACUAUUUAUAUUAAGAUGUA